GAGACCUAAGCCGGCACAUCCAGGAGGAGCGCCAGCUUCUUGACGCACCUGCCAGCACAGCGGGACAGGAAAGUCCCGGAGACCAGUGGCUUCUGGAGUCAACUGGAAUACUUGGGAGAUGAGAUGACAGGUCUGGUCAUGACCAAGACAAAAACUGAGCGUGGCCUUUUGGAGCCAAUCAUUCACAUCAGGAAGCCCCGCUCCAUCAAGGAGGAGACAGGAUUACCAGCCCAGAGGGAUGCCUGGUACCGCCACACCUGGGACCGGAGUCUGUUUCUGAUCUACCGACGCAAGGAGCUGCAGAGCAUCCUGGCAGAGCUGGACUUUAGCCAGCAGGACAUUGAUGGCCUGGAGGUGGUAGGCAGAGGGCAGCCCUUCUCGGCGGUUACGGUGGAAGACUAUACAGUGUUUGCAAGGGCCCAGGAAAGCUCCUCUGAAGACACGUGCUUAGAAUUAUUGACCACUUACCCUGAUGUGUCCUCCAUGCCUAUUCUUGGCCCUUCUCUGCUGUUCUGUGGGAAGCCAGCUUGCUGGAUCAGAGGCAGUAACCCACACGACAAGGUAAAGCCACCCCUACCCUCACUCGCCUGCUGGGAGGGCCUCCCUCGCGGUGCAGCCCGCAGGUGACUAUGGCAGUCACAGGAGCCUGCACGGUCUCCUGUUUGCAUUUUCACCUGGUCAUGCUUUCAGCAUGUCUGAAAAUGGUAACAGCGACACUAACUUUUGGACUAGCCAAAGUGCCAUGUUCUGUUCUGGUAUGUCAGAGCAGGACCUGCACCAACCACCCCACCUUCCUGGGGGCAGGUAAAGGCUACGAGAAAACAGAAAAGUGGGUGCAGCAAUGAAUUCCCCAGAAGGAGCAUCG